AAUCGGCUUGGGUGUCAACACUUCACAAUCGCGGGAUACUUCACGUGAUUUCGAUUUUAUUUUUAAAGUCAGAUUGUGGUGGAUCAAAUAGAGGUUUUAUAGUGAAAACGAAGCGUGGUAAUUACACGGCUGUCUUGAAGUAGGCCAGUCGUAGAUCAGGCAGGCAGUCAGUUCAAGGUUUUCGUAAAGCAGUUCAACGAAAAAGAUUCCCGAGAAUCGGCUCAGAGGUCAAGAAAGGUCGUCGACGAAGGAGGAUGUCCUCUCCGGAAUGGAAGAGAAAGCUAGCACAGCCCAUUCGGCUGUUGCUCAAGUACACGAAAACCGAAUUUGAGGAUAAGCGCUACCCUGUUGGCCCAGCCCCGAAUUAUGACAAGAAAGAAUGGAAUGCUGACAAGUACUCCAUUGGACUAGAUUUUCCGAACCUUCCUUACUACGUGGACGAUGACGUCAAGAUAACGCAGAGCAAAGCCAUCCUGAGAUACCUGGGAUGGAAGCAUGACCUCUGUGGCACCACUGCUCAAGAGAGAGCCAGGAUCGAGAUGUUAGCUGAGCAAGCCAACGAAAUUCACUGGGAAUUCGUCGAUUUCACUUACUGUCAUUACGACAACGAGGAGAAGAAGAGAAACUUCUUAGCUGGUCUUUCCGGGAAAAUGAAAGCCUUUUCUGAAUUCUUAGGGGAAAGGAGAUGGUUUGGCGGAGAUAAAAUAAGCUACGCAGACUUUUUGGUCUACGAGGUCCUUGACCAACACCUUCACCUGGAUCCCCAUUGUUUGGCUGAAUUCAGGAAUUUGCAGGAUUUCCUAACUCGUUUCGAGGACCUUCCAAGCAUCAAGGAAUACAUGGCAUCGUCUGAGUUUCUCAGAACUCCCUUGAACAACAAAUAUGCAAAGUUUGGAAAUAAAUGAUUUCUAAUAAA